AUGCCCCCUCAUCCCCAGGACACUGAUUCCAGCAGACCAGCCCGACCGAGAUCCAACACAAAUUCAUUCCCGUUCAGUGCAUGGCGUCGGAACAGGUCAGAUCAGCUGCAGACAGCACCUCUCCCCCCAUCGCCGUCGCCUGCCAUACAAGUACUCAUUGAUGACCUCACCCCGCCCGCUGUUCCGAGCUUGCAGUAUGCGCGUUCACUCGCCAGCGCCCUGGCUGCACAUUCACCUCUUCCACGACCAUCUAUUCUGAGUCCCAUACUUGCAUCUUUGUGUGCCGUUGACUCUCCUCCCUCACUCCAAGUGGCAGGGUAUGAUAUCCUCUCCGCUUACUGGGAAAACUCGGAGGCUACAGCGCUUUCUACGUCGGAUCGGCUUGUAUUUUUCUCCUUGUUCUUAGGCCCAACGUCAACCUGGACCAUAGACUCGUGGGAACCAAGAUUCAAGGCCCUCCGUGCAUUUACAAGGUUUGGCACCGAAAUCGUUGGAAUCGAGCUCCCAUUUCUCAAUGUUCUCAAAGGGUGGAUCAACAGUGCGUUUGAAGCGCUGGGGAGCGACUCCAUAGAGCGUGCUGAACGUGCAGAGAGGGAACGUUGCAUCGAUAUUCUAGCUUCCUUUUUGACUUCCGUAACUGGAAGCCAAGAUGUCGUUGCAAGGAUACCGGAGGAAGAGCUAGCGGGCGUGUUGCAAUUCUACGCGAGUCUCGUAGAUUAUGGCAUGCGGUUCCCCUCUCAUCACCCCCAAUCUCCUACGUCUUCCCCCGUCAUUGAAACUAUCCCAAGCCCACGGGUACAUCGCCGUCAUCAAUCGUCGGUCUCGGUUUCUUCCUUAGCUUCGCCCAACAUUGCUAGUCAUAGCCCAUCAUUCAUAACAAAGCACCCGGCCGAUAUUGCAGUCAAUCUAUAUCUCAAUCAUCUCUCUUCCCAACUCAAAAUCAUAUCUCCGUCCCACCUCAACGACAUACUUCCACUUCUCUUUCGAGCUGCCGCAUUCUACGCUACGCCAUUGCCCAGAAUAACAGUCAUGUCAACCUCAUCCUCAACUUCAAAGCCUGCUACGAACGAAGAGCGCAUCACCGAGUGUCUUAGCGCGCUCUACUCUGGGCCAUACUCUUCGUCAUGUUUCCUGGCCUUAAAACGGUCCUUGUCACCUGUGAUGGCCAAAUCUGACGAUGCCAAUUCUUCCAUCCAACGCUCCCUGGGUGCCGUUCGUACGCUACGCGUCCAAAUUCGAAAAAGUCUAUCAACCAGGCUUGCUCGUGCGUACAUAUCCCGAGACGUAGCCACUAGCUACACCGUAUCUGGUGCCCCUGCUCAAAUGGAAGUGGUGGAGAGGGAGCUCAUCGAACGCGCAUGGGCAAAGGAUGAUUUGGGAGGAUGGGAUGCGGGGCGGUUGGGGACCGUGUUAGCUCAGGGAGUGGAGGCCUGGAUCAAAUUCGAGUUGCCUCCAGGAUUGAAUGGUGAAGAACCCAGCGAGGAGGCGAUGGAUGGAUUUCGCUCCGGUCGCGAGAAGAUAUUAGACGAGGCUGCGGGAACAUUGAAAGACGUGUUCCAGGAGUUAGACGCGAGGGACGAGGAAGACGCCGCUUUGGACGAGGAGGAGGCCUCUGCUGUCGGCGCGACGCUGUCCAAGCUAGCGUCAUAUGUGACUCUUCUUAGAAAUCCAAAUGGCUCGAUGUUCGUUCUACCGCUGUCACAGCCAAGUGAUGCCCCAAGCCCAUUUAUCCGCACGUUGGCUUCGCUUUUGGCCCGCGACCAUGCCACAACGCUCUGCCCGCCUCUGUCCGCUAUUUUGCUCUCCGUAGCCUCGAACCUCACGGACGAAGACACCGCCAAGCUCCCCGUUCUUAUGACCCAAGAGCACGAUCUAUCUCCAACAUCACCCGACUGGUUAAGCAACUGGGAUAGCCUUCUAGGAGAGUCCACCCUUCUGAUCGGGCGUCCAGCGACGAGGGAGGCCGUGCUAACUGCUCUACAGUUGGUGCAUGACCCUGUUAAGGACAUGCCGCGCUAUAGGCGUCCUCUUGCGGAUUUGGUGCUGGCAUUUGCUAGGAGGGAGCACGUACGGGAGGAGGACAGCGCUGUUGCGGUCGCGCAGGGGGAUACAGACGAUGCUGUUUGGCUUAUUCUGGGCGAUGAGGUUGUUGCUCGCCAAGUCGAGGACCAGGAGGGCGAUGGCGCUGCAAUCACCGAAUAUCUGGAGUUCAUCGAGCAAGUGGCGCAUUCACGUGCGUACGAUGAACCGGUAGACGAAGAAGAAGACGAUACUGUGUCCGUCGCCGCCUCUGCUGACAUCUCGUCGCCUUCGUCCCACCCUAGUACCUCGACAAUCGUCUCGCCCCUCUUAUCCAGGAUACAGUCUGAUCAGAUACCAGGCAAAGUGGAGAAAGAACCUUCGAAUUUGCCCUCGGUGAUGUCGCUAUUGACCUCGAUAACAACAGGGGGCAAUACGGCGCUGUCACAGUCUCGUUCGGAGUCGAUGCAACCGCAAUCGGUCACCAUUGGCUCACCCGCUCCCAACAGUGACCAGAUAAUACAAGCAAAAUGCAAGCCCAAAUACAAAUGCAGCUCCGUGGGCGCCACCUCUGCCCUGAUCUCCAUCUUUCAUCAACUAGCCCUCACUCCUCUAUGUCGCUCCGAGCGCAACCUCCAGAUGGCGCUCUCGGUGUUCGAUAAAUUGUUGGCUAUCCUCAAGCACGAGUCGCAAGCAUCGGCAAGAUCACGGCUGGCUGUCCUGCAGUUCAUCAUGCGACUGCGCGCUGAUAGAGACCAUCACCUAUAUUACGUUGAAUCGCAGUACGACCGCGACGGGUUGAUUGCGAUGUUGGCUGGCCUUGUGGGGCGCACCGAACAACAGCCCGGCGAGGGCUUUUCGCCGACGCCUGGAACGGGUUCAGAGCGGCUGGGAGAAGACUUUGGUGGUGACCCCCGAAAGGCCCGUCCGCGUGUGCCUGCCCCGGAGCGAUACGGCAGACGUCUUUCUCGCGGGAGGGGCGCCGUGGGGCUAUCGAACAAUUCCGCUACGAGUCGAAGUGGGUCGAGGAUUCCCCUUCCGAGUGCCAUCUCCCCUUCACGCCAUCGAACGCAUGUGCGAUACCCUAUAUGGGCACUCCCCGAAGAGCUCCCUUUCGAUGUCUGUGAGAUGGACUCCCCCAGCGAGACGUUGAUAUCGUAUGAUCCCGAAGGACCGGAUAAGCGGUCCGUCCUCCCCGUUUCCUCGUAUCUACGACUCGUGGAGGAGAUUCUUGAGAAAGAAACGGACUGGGAGAUCUUGUCCUAUCUCUUAUGCCACCUCCCCGCUCAACUGUCCAACAAGCAUUUAUUCUGCGGACCGAAAUCGCGAGACGCCAUCGCGGGGAUACUGAAGACGAUCUGCACCGGCAUUCUGAACGGCGGGUUGGCCUCUACGGUUGAGGCGUGGCCGUCUGGGCUGAAGACGCGCGACGCCCAGGGACUCGCAUACCACACACUCUCCGUUUUAGUGAGUUACAGGCGGUGUUUCGACAUGCAGCUCCGGCAUCUCCUCGUCGAGGUGUUCCAAGCCGGCCUGAAUGGCCACCCGUCGACCAUCAAGUGCUGCCUCCACGCUCUCACGCUGUCGGCGUUCGAACUGCAGCCGUCGAUGACCAAGUGCCUAUCGCGAAUCCUCGAGAAGCUGUCCCAGAUCAUGUCGAACCCCGAGAUGGCGGUUCAUAUCCUCGGGUUCCUCUCCGUCGUCGGCUCGCUGAACGCGCUGCAUGCCAAUUUCACCGAGGCGGACUUCAAGAUGGUGUUCGGCGUGGCGCUGCAGUAUCUUCAGCACCACAACCAGAACAAGACCUCGCCGACGAUUUCGUGGGCUCUGUCCCAGCACGUCCGCAUACUGUCGUUUUAUAUCGUCUAUGUGUGGUUCCUUGCCAUCAAGAUACCUGACCGGCCGCGCCACGUCAAGUUUAUUACGCGGCAGCUUCUGCUUGCGAACGAGGGCAACCAGGAGGUCGACGAGCUUACAGAGGUUUGCUUCGACUGGCUGGCGCGUUAUACAUACGCGAGUGCCGAUCCACGACCAUCCAAUUCACUACUCAACGACAUUGUCAUGAACCCAAACAGCACCCUCGCAAAAAAUAAUGAACGCAGCGAGAAGACUUGGCUGAUAGGCAACUCUGUUCUCACUCUCCGCAGCCUCGAGCGCGCGGGGUGGGUAGAGGUCUUGUCCCGGCGCCCCUCGGGGUUCACCAAGAUCCUGUGCCGGAUAGAGAACGUGCCGCUGACGAACGCGGGCGAGGUUGACCCGGAUCUGGUUUCGGUUACGGCGAGCUUGCUUAUGGACCGCGAUAUAUCGAGGCCGAGCGGGCCUCCCUGCGGAGAAGACGCGGUUGAUGUACGACAGAGCGAUUUGUCGGCUAUUCUACCAACAGACGAUGAGGAGACGGCCAAUGGUGACGCGCCAGCUGAAGACCCGCCGCCUCCACCCGAUCCGGUUACUGGCUACGUGUGGAGUGGAUCUGCGCCGUCGCAACGGAGAAAAGACGUCGUUGUGGAUCCGGCCUUUCUCGUCCUGCAGCUAUCUGCAUACCCCGACCAGCGCAGUGCGCCUGAUGUUCGCAGGCUCGUCUCCGCGCCGUCUCUCCAAAAGUCCCUUCAAGGGCUGGACAGAAUUCCGGUGAUAGACACGCACAAGGUCGGGAUACUAUACGUUGCGCCUGGGCAGACCGACGAGGUGGAUAUUCUCUGCAAUACGCACGGCUCGCCGGCGUACACCCGGUUCCUUGAGGGGCUGGGCAGGCUCAUCAAUCUUCGCGGGCAGGUCGACGUGUAUGCGGGCGGCCUGAACCCGGAUGAGGAUGGCGAAUACGCGUAUGCGUGGUGGGACGAUAUCGGGCAGAUCCUGUACCACACUGCGACGAUGAUGCCAACGACCCCGAACGAUCCGCUAGCGACCGAGAAGAAACGCCACAUUGGCAAUGAUUACGUUCGGAUUGUGUGGAACGACUCUGGGCGGCCGUACGAGUUUGCUACCCUGACGACGCAGUUCCAGUUCGUCAACAUCGUCGUCGAGCCGCACUCGGUGGGGGCGAUCGCGGCGUUCUCGAACAACGUGCAUGAGAUUGAGUAUUUCAAGGUGACGAUGCAGCUCGCCCCGCGCAUGGCCGAGUUCGCGCCGAUAGGGCAGUUCAAGCUGAUCUCGGCUGAGAACCUCCCGUUCUUGGUGAGGCAGGUUAGUCUGUUGGCCGACUGGUUUGCGUCGGUGUUCGAGAAGACGCAGAACGACACUGUGCGCGUGGAGAUGAAGACGAACUGGCACGCACGUCUGGAUGCGAUCCGGCGGCUGCGCAACCAGCUGCCGGAAGAGGAGGGGAAUGACUCGGCGAGCAAUGGGAUUAUGGCGCAGGAGCGGUACAGGGACUUCACACAUACCUUUUGA